GCGAUCAAUUUUUGGCAACAUUGAUAAAUAAAUACGUCAUUGUGUCCGAAUUAAAUUCACGUUUAUUUAUGUGAUAAUUGUACGAAAAUACAUGUUAGAAACAUAAGUUAAGAGCAUAAAAAACACACAAAAAUGGCAGACGUGCUAGAUAUCGAAAAUUCCGAAGAAUUUGAGGUUGACGAGGAUGGCGAACAGGGAAUCGCUCGUUUGAAGGAGAAGGCGCGAAAACGUAAAGGAAGAGGUUUUGGCAGUGAAACCGGCAGUGGAGGCGCUUCAGAGAGAGGCAACAGGGGCAGGUAUGAUAGCUUGGCGCCUGAAGGUGAUGGCAACACUCCAGGCCCACAGCGGUCAGUGGAAGGUUGGAUUCUCUUUGUCAGCAAUGUCCAUGAGGAAGCACAGGAAGAGGAUAUACAGAACCAGUUCUCAGAGUUUGGGGAGAUCAAAAACAUCCAUUUGAACCUGGACAGACGUACCGGUUUCCUUAAGGGUUAUGCUCUGGUGGAGUACGAGACUUAUAAGCAGGCUGCUAGUGCUCGUGAGGCCCUAGACGGCGCAGACAUCUUGGGCCAGCCGAUAUCCGUGGACUGGUGCUUCGUCAAAGGCCCAACUAAAGGCCACAAGAAGAGGCGAUAGAAUCUAAACUUAAUAUAUAAGCUUUACUUAUAAACAUUGCUUUUUAUUUCUGUGUGAGUUUUGUUCCCGAAUUGCGUUAGUGUGUGUGAGAUUUUGGUCCUCGAUACGGUAAAGUUUUAUAGCUAGUUAUUAUAGGGUAAUAUUAUGAUUUAUAUCACAAGGAAAUAAGAAUCGGAAUUGCAACAAGUUGAAUUAAGUUCUUUAUUAUAUUUGCUAGAAGUACGAUAGUUUGUUUGUACCAUAAUGUGUUGUAAUGAAAAAACAAUGUUUAUAAGUGAUUGUAAUUAUGUCUGAACAGAGUUAUGUAUCGCACUUUGUCAUUGCACCAAUAUUCAUAUUAUAGACAAGAAAGUUUGUGUGUGUGUGUGUUUGUUACUCUUUCACGUAAAAACUGCAGUCAAAAUAACAUAUAGGUACCUACUUUUCUAUCUGGCUGCGGAAAGAAAUUUCCAACGGGACGCGAUUGAAACCGCUGGCGGAAGCCAACAAAUAAUUACAUAAUUUUCCAAUUUUACCAAUAAAAUAAUACAUAGGUGGCGGGAUUUUGUUACCAAUAUGAUUUACAUAUAUAAAGAUACCAUACAUUUAUGUAUCUAAAUAAAGUGCUUUGCGUAACGCUGAAUUAACUUAGAUGUAAUUUUAUCUAAAUAUAAGCUUUCUCUUUCUAA